AUGUCGGAUAAGGCAAGCUGCUCUAGGGCGCUGGAUGUCAGAGCCCUCAAUUUUGAGGAUGAUAAUGCCAAAGAUGGAGAAAAGCAAGAAGAAAUGGAUGCAGAACAACAAGCUGACAUGAAAGACAAGUGCUUGGACGUUUUUGAGAAGGAACAACAAGCACCAGAACAACAAGCACCAGAUUACUCAAACCUAGUCUUGCCAUCUUCUUUACAAGCCCUUUGUCGUUAUAUGGAGACGACAUUAAAGGUUCACGAGACGGCUAUGAUAUUUACAAUUGAGAAGGAGGUGUUUGGUUUUGAGCGUCAAACUUCGUCUUGA